UCCUAGUUCAGAGCGCUACACCACCUUGUACGAUGCCUUCUGGGAUUCUGAGGCCGCCACACCGCCCAGGAAGGCCGUCGCCGACGGCGCCACGCUGACAGGGCUGUCGCCGAGACCGGAAGGCAUCGGCAUCGAUCUCGUGGACCAGAGGAGCCGCGAUUUGGAGGCCAUGAUCCGCCAUUGGGCCGCGCAUUGGCUUCUGGACAUCGGCCUCGACGUCGAGGACGGGAGCGGGGCGCGGAUGAGCUGGCGCGGGCCCCGCCUCGUCAUGCUCGCCGACCCUUGCAACAGCGACCGGGCUACGCAGUCUGGGCCCAUGGUAGCGCCGCAGGUGCUUGCCAUCACCACGACCUCUGAAGCGCCCCCUGGCCCGAGUGAGAAUGGCGAGGUCAGAGACAUGGACCAGCCCUCCGACGAGCGCGUUGCGCGGCAGGAGCGGCGGUUGCUGAAGCGCCGCCUGGUUCGCCGGGCGUGCAUCAGGGAGCCGUCGCCCACGUCGGGCGCCCAGCACGACGCGCGCCUCGACUGGCGUGCCUGGUUCGCUUCGACCAACUGCGCCUA